UCGGGGUCGGGCGCCGGCGGGGCGGGAGGGGCCGGCCGGGUUCCCCGCCGCGCCCCCGCCGCCCGUGUCCGUCCUUCUGUCUGCGCCCGCCCGACGUCAGCGGGAAUUUCCAGCAGGAAGUGAGAGCGCGAGCGCCGAGCCGCGCGGCCGCAGGAAGAGGAGGUUCGCCCGGCCCGGCGCGCCGACACCUCCCGCCGAUGGCGCCGCGCUGACCCGCGCCCCCCGCAGACGCCAGGAUGGCAGAGGACGACCCGUACGUCAGGGUGACCGAGCCGAUCUUCCCCAUGGAGCCUCUGAACCCGGCCUUCUUCCACCCGGAGCUGUACCCGGCCGAGAUGGCGCUGCCCACAGCAGAUGGCCCGUACCUUCAAAUCCUGGAGCAGCCCAAGCAGCGAGGAUUCCGCUUCCGUUACGUGUGUGAAGGCCCUUCCCAUGGAGGCCUGCCUGGCGCGUCCAGUGAGAAGAACAAGAAGUCGUACCCGCAGGUCAAGAUCUGCAACUACGUGGGACCCGCCAAAGUGAUCGUGCAGCUGGUGACCAACGGCAAGAGCGUCCACCUGCAUGCGCACAGCCUGGUGGGCAAGCACUGCGAGGACGGCGUCUGCACGGUGACCACCGGGCCCAAGGACAUGGUGGUGGGCUUCGCCAACCUGGGCAUCCUCCAUGUGACCAAGAAGAAGGUGUUCGAGACCCUGGAGGCGCGGAUGACAGAGGCCUGCAUCCGCGGCUACAACCCCGGGCUCCUGGUGCACCCCGACCUGGCUUACCUGCAGGCCGAGGGUGCGGGCGACCGGCGGCUCACAGACAGCGAGAAGGAGGUCAUCCGCCAGGCCGCCCUGCAGCAGACCAAGGAGAUGGACCUCAGCGUGGUGCGCCUCAUGUUCACGGCCUUCCUGCCCGACAGCACAGGCAGCUUCACGCGGCGCCUAGAGCCCGUGGUGUCCGACGCCAUCUACGACAGCAAGGCCCCCAACGCAUCCAACCUGAAGAUCGUGAGGAUGGACAGGACGGCCGGCUGCGUGACGGGAGGGGAGGAGAUUUACCUUCUCUGCGACAAGGUUCAGAAAGAUGACAUCCAGAUCCGCUUCUAUGAGGAGCAGGAGAACGGCGGCGUCUGGGAAGGCUUUGGCGACUUCUCCCCGACCGACGUGCACAGACAGUUUGCCAUCGUGUUCAAGACGCCCAAGUACAAGGACGUCAACAUCACGAAGCCCGCCUCCGUGUUCGUCCAGCUGCGCCGGAAGUCGGACCUGGAGACCAGCGAGCCGAAGCCCUUCCUGUACUACCCCGAGAUCAAAGACAAGGAGGAGGUGCAGAGGAAGCGGCAGAAGCUCAUGCCCAACUUCUCGGACAGCUUCGGUGGUGGCAGCGGGGCAGGGCCCGGCGGCAUGUACGGCGGCGGAGGCAGCAGCGGGGCUGGUGGCACGGGGCCAGGCUACGGCUUCCCCCCCUACGGAUUCGCGACCUACGGGGGCAUCACCUUCCAUUCGGGCGCCGCCAAGUCCAGCGCGGGCAUGAAGCAUGAGGCCGCAGACACGCCUUGCGAGAGGGUGCCGGGCAGCUGUGAGCAGGGGGACGACGCCGAGGCUGCUCCUGUCCCCAGCGUCGCUGAAGACACAGCGGAUCGGGGGAGCCCGGGCAGAGGAGAUAAGGGGACGCAGCACUGCUGGGCAGAGGCGCAGGAGGGGCCCGCGCAGGGCCUGGACCCCCUCUUCCUGGAGAAGGCACUGCAGCUGGCCAAGAGGCACGCCAAUGCCCUGUUCGACUAUGCGGUGACCGGCGAUGUGAAGAUGCUACUGGCCGUGCAGCGCCACCUGGCCACUGUGCAGGACGAGAGCGGGGACAGUGUCCUGCACUUGGCCAUCAUCCACCUUCACGCCCAGCUAGUGAGGGACCUGCUGGAGGUGACGGCGGGGCUGGUGUGUGAGGACCUCGUGAAUAUGAGGAACGACCUCUACCAGACGCCCCUGCACCUGGCGGUGCUCACUGGGCAGCCAGACGUGGUGGAGGCCCUGCUGGGCGCCGGCGCCGACCCCGGCCUCCUAGACCGCUCCGGGGACUCGGCGCUGCACCUGGCCGCCAAGGCCGGCCUGGACCAGGUGCUGAGCGUCCUCCUGCGGCACCGGGGCGCCGGGCCGCUGCUGGACCUGCCCAACGGGGACGGUGAGUGCACCGGGUGGGGGCGGGGGGGCGGGACCGGGAGGGAAUGGGGGCGGGGCCGGGGGCGGGGCGGCCGCGCUGACCCCGCCCGCGCGGCCCCUGCCCGGCCAGGCCUCACCGCCCUGCACGCCGCCGUGCUGAGCGACAGCCUGCCCUGUCUGCUGCUGCUGCUGGCCGCGGGCGCCGACGUGGACGCGCAGGAGCGCAAGGCGGGGCGCACGGCGCUGCACCUGGCCGUGGAGCGCGACCUCCUCCCGCUGGCCGGCUGCCUGCUGCUGGACGGGGCCGCCCGCGUGGACAGCGCCACCUUCGACGGCACCACGCCCCUGCACAUCGCGGCUGGCCGGGGCUCCGCGUGGCUGACCGCCCUGCUCACGGCCGCGGGGGCGGACCCUUGUGUGGAGAACUUUGAGCCCCUCUACGACCUGGAUGACUCAUGGGGAGAGGACAGCGACGGCGAGGAGAUAGUGCCCGGGACCACUCCACUGGAUAUGGCCACCACCCAGCAGGUGAUAGACAUCCUGACCGGGAAGCCCUACCCACCGCCUGCCGACUCCGAGGCCAAGCUGUUGGCACAGGGAGAUGUGAAGCAGCUGCCUGAGGACACCAAGGCCCGACUCUAUGAGCUGCUGCAGCAGCCGGAACCAGACAAGAACUGGGCCACGCUGUCCCAGAAGCUGGGCCUGGGGGUGCUGAACAACGCCUUCCGUCUGAGUCCCGCGCCCCCCAAGACACUCAUGGACAAUUAUGAGGUCUCAGGGGGCACCGUCCAGGAGCUGCUGCAGGCACUGCACCAGAUGGGCUACGCCGAGGCCGUGCGGCUGGUACAAGCUGCCUUCUGCCCGCUCGGGAGCCCGCCACAGCCCCCACCAGCCACCACCACCCCGGCACCCCAUUCACCCGUGUCCCCUGCCUGCAAGCGGCCACUGCCAAUGGACAAGCUGGGCGAGGACAGCAUGUGUGACAGCGGCGUGGAGACGUCCUUCCACAGACUCAGCUUCACGGACACGCUGACGGGCACAGUGCUGCCCGCGUGCCAGCAGGACGGGCCCCUCGAGGGCAAGGUGUAGCGUGGAGACGGACAGACGGACGGCCGCAGGGACGCCGCGGCCACACAGGCGCCACAGACUCGCCGGGAGAGCCCAAGCCUCGAAACACGGGCACGGCAGUGCCAAAUGGCCCUUCCCCCCCUUUUCUGCGUUUUGCUACUGUAAAUAUGUUUUUAGAUCAAAUACUUUAAAGAAGAAAGGUCGGAUUUAUAAAUGCUAUUUUUUAUUUUACUUUUAUAAUAAAAGAAAA